AGGGUCAGUCAUUAACCGUGUGUCUCCUCGUCGUCGCAGCUGUGAUUUUUCUCGUCAAGAUGAAAACAGGUUUGAGUGACGUGUCCGGCCUUGUUGUGUUCAUGUCCUUCAGCUUGACUCUGUGGUCGGUGCUACUGGUCGGCUGGUCGGGUCAUGUGGUCACUGGCAUGUCAGUGUUCACAGCGCCCCCUGCUGCUCACAUGCUGCUGCGCUCUCGUCGAGCCAACUCAUUCCUGGAGGAGCUGAAGCCGCCGUCUCUGGAACGGGAAUGUCGGGAGGAGAGGUGCGACUUUGAAGAAGCUCGCGAGAUCUUCAACACUCGGGAGGCCACGCUAGAGUUCUGGACAGUCUACACAGAUGGGAACCAGUGUCAAACCCACAAGUGUGUCCAUGGGUCGUGUGUGGACCAGUACCAGGACUACGCCUGCAGCUGUAAUCCUGGAUACGAGGGGAAGUACUGCGACCACCCACAAACUGCCACCAACUGCUCGCUAGACAACGGCGGCUGUGACCACGAGUGCCAUGAGAGCGAGGAUAAGCAGCGCAGGACCUGCAGCUGCCUGGAUGACUACCUUCUACAGGACGACGCUCGGCGCUGCCUCCCCAAAAGUCGCAGGUCUUGUGGUCAACUGUUGGUAGGGAGAACGUCGUACACUCAGCCGAAGGAGGGGCUGCUGCCGUGGAUGGUGGCGGGGGAAGUGGGAAAGAAAGGGGAGAGUCCCUGGCAGGCGCUGCUGCUGAACGCCAAGGGGAACUUCCACUGCGGCGGCGUGCUGAUCCACGAGAGCUGGGUGCUGACCGCUGCGCACUGCCUGGAGAAUAACCUGCGGUUCAGAGUUCGGCUCGGAGACUACGAGCGCAAGCGGGAUGAAGGCACCGAGGUGCUUCUGAAGGUCACCAAGUUCUUCCAGCACCCCGACUACGUCAGCAGCACCGUGGACAACGACAUCGGUCUGCUGCGCCUGGAGUCGCCGGCGCCGGCCUCUGACUACAUAGUCCCCAUCUGCCUGCCAGGACGAGAGAUGGCGGAGCGCGUGCUGCACCUGAACGGCACCAGCACGGUGGUCAGCGGCUGGGGGAAGGACAGUCUGGACAGCGACCACUACAGCUCCGCCUUGAACAUCAUCCGAGUCCCGCUGGUCGGCCACGACAUCUGCGCGCAGCAAAUGUCCAACAACAUUUCCAACAACGUGCUCUGUGCCGGGGUCCUGGGAGCAAAGAUGGAUGCCUGCGAGGGCGACAGCGGAGGGCCCAUGGUCACGCUCUACCGCGACACCUGGUUCCUGCUGGGCCUGGUGUCCUGGGGCGAAGGCUGCGGGAACGAGGACAAGUUCGGCAUCUACACCAAGGUGUCCAACUACAACCAGUGGAUUCAGCAAGUGCAAGACGAGUGGGACAGAGAACAUCGUAUCCAAGCGCCAAGUGCCUGAGUCUCAAUCCCUGAAUAAACAACAGAAACUG